CACACCCAGCGUGCUCCGUCUCCACGGCGCGCUCAGCCAACCCCGUUCUAGUCAUCCAGGCUGAGCGGGGUAAAGGAGGCUGCGAUUUUGGCUCGGGGAGGGGCAAGCUUUUCUCUGCGUCUCCGGGUGACAGGUGGCCAGCCGGGGUGGGCUCGUUGGGCUUUUGUUGUUGACACGGCAACGUUUCCCCCUCCUCUGUGGGGGAGGCGCGGAGGCAGAGAGAAGAGCAGGGUCCUGGUGGUACGGCUGCAGGAGACGCCUCACCUGCUUUUGUUCUCUAAUGUUCUCCUGGCCUCCCAUUAUUUCCGAAAGACCGCGGACUGAGCCAUAGCGGAUUAUUCUCGUUUGUUCUCACGUUACGCCGUGCCUCUUCAUCGAGCCGGAUCUUUAUUUGAGAGAGCGUUUCUCAGCGGUAGUGGUGGUGUUGUCAGCUGAGUCAUCAUGUCUGAUCUGAUACCUGAGAGCGAUGCUCCCACGCCCACCACUGACAAGAUCACUCAGGCCGCGCGGGAGACUAUUUACCUUUGCAACUUUCGGGUCUCUGUGGAUGGGGAGUGGCUGUGCCUUCGAGAGCUCAACGACAUCUCUCUGACUCCUGACCCUGAGGUGGCCCGCGAAGAUCCCAAGGAUCCCAUUGCCAUCGAGAGACUCAACUUGAUGAAUAUGGCCAAGCUGAGCAUAAAGGGUCUCAUUGAGUCGGCGCUGAACCUGGGCCGAACACUCGACUCGGACUACGCACCUCUUCAGCAGUUCUUUGUUGUGAUGGAGCACUGUUUGAAACAUGGUCUAAAAACCAAGAAAACAUUCCUUGGACAGAACAAGUCCUUCUGGGGCCCUUUGGAGCUAGUGGAGAAGUUAAAUCCAGAAGCAGGUGAAAUUGCAGCAAGCGUGAAAGACCUCCCAGGGCUCAAAACGCCGUUGGGGCGGGGAAGAGCCUGGCUGCGUCUUGCCCUUAUGCAGAAGAAGCUGUCAGAUUACAUGAAAACUAUAAUAAACAGAAAAGACUUGCUAAGUGAAUUCUAUGAACCAAAUGCAUUGAUGAUGGAAGAGGAGGGAGCGGUGAUCGCAGGCCUAUUAGUGGGUCUCAAUGUCAUAGAUGCAAAUCUUUGUAUGAAGGGGGAGGACUUGGACUCGCAGGUUGGUGUUAUAGACUUCUCAAUGUAUUUAAAAGAUGGAGGGCAUAGCAGCAAGACCACAGAAGGAGAUGGACAGAUUACAGCAAUUCUUGAUCAGAAGAACUAUGUUGAAGAACUCAACAGACAUCUCAGUGCUUCAGUGAAUAAUCUUCAGGCAAAAGUUGAUGCGCUUGAAAAAUCAAAUACCAAGUUAACAGAAGAGCUCGCAGUAGCAAAUAACAGGAUCAUAACUCUACAAGAAGAGAUGGAACGGGUAAAGGAGGAACAUUCUUACCACUUGGAGUCAGCGCACAAGGUGUCUGGAUCAGAGGACAACGCAGAUGGCCAAGUGUUGGGGGACACUUGGAAGCAACUCAAGGAGGAGACUCAGCUGCGGCUGGAUGUGGAAAAAGAGCUGGAAUUGCAAAUAGGAAUGAAGCAGGAGAUGGAGCUGGCCAUGAAGAUGCUGGAGAAGGACAUCUGUGAGAAGCAGGAUGCUUUGAUGGAGCUCCGGCGGCACCUUGAUGACCUGCGCACUCUCAACCAUCAACUUUCUGUUAAGACGCAGACCUCUGAUGCAACUUUGAAGCAGAAGAGCGAAGUCAUCAGUCGUCUGGAGGAAAAAGCAAAUCAAAUGGCUGCGACAAUCAAGCAACUGGAGCACAGUGAAAAAGAUGUGGUGAAACAGGCCAGAAGUCUGAAUUCUGCAGCCUGGAAACUCCUCCACCAUCAAUAGACCAACCAUAAGAAGGAGUUUCCUAAAGUUGUUCCAUAAUCUGAUUUUGAUAUAUUCUUAUGUAUUACUGAAGUAGAACGAUUCCCGAUGAGUUACUACUUUAAUAAAUUGAAAAGCAAUCAUCAUCAAGCCCUAUGUGACUCUGAUGUAUAUGCUUUAGUUGAGCAGUUGUCAAUAAUUUCCUGUAUUUUAAAGACCUUUUGUUAAUUAUGAAUAUAUGCAGUGGCAUUAUGGAGAUGGAUACUAAAUAUAAAUUUUUGUAACGCUGUUUAGCCUGUAUUGAACUAAAUUGAUACCCAUCUUUAAUAUUUUGCUACUCCUGUCGUCUUGUGAGGUGCAGUGUAGAAAGUUAGGUCUGCUGACCUUUGUUUUCUCUGCCAACAUACAAAUAAACUCAAGAGUUUUGAACUGGAAGAAACUGACCUACUUUUUUUUUUUUGGAGUUGAUACCAUUUUACCAAAGUUGUAAAAAUAUGGAUGAGACUGUAUUGGUCCUGAAAACCCAUUAAGAAAAAUGUUACGCUGGCAAUGUUGCAGGAAAAAAGACUGUCGCGGCAGCGGAAACAACUGACCGAACAUGAAAUGUAUUAAAACAUUUAACAAUACAGAUUAAUGUCUGUAUGAAUCCCAUAAUCGGAUUCCAGCAGGAGGGUAAUGUGUAGUGUAUGUUUAUUCAGCCUAGAUGUAAGUUACAGGGAAAACAGUGUAAUAAAAUAAGGAUAACAAAGAAUGGCCUGGUUCACCUUUUUUGCAGAAACUUCUCACUUUGUUUCUCAGUUCCAAGUUAUGAUCUGAGUUUGGUAUUUUUGUUUUUCAUCCUGAAAUUGGGGUUUUCUUCCCCUUCAUGGCUUUUAUUUUACCAUAAGUUCAUGUGGCUCAA